AAUUUACUUCACUAAAUCUUGCACUUGUCCAAAAACAUGAGUAGAGGUUGCAGCUACGGCGGCGGCCAAAGUUCCUUGGGCUACCUCUUUGGUGCCGAUGAGCAGCCAAGUGCACCGACUGAAACACCACCGAUCCAGCCUCCAUAUGGCACAGAAAUUACCCCAGAGAACCCUCCGUUGCAGUAUAAACCAAGUUCAGAGAAACAGACUGAGAAAAACAUCAUCAACAACUAUCAUAGGGCUAAAGGACAGAAUUCAGGGAACUUCAUCACUUGCUGUAAAAAUUGCAGGAUCGUCCGUCAACGAAAGUUAAAUCAGUUCCUGGUGGAGAUUCCUCUCUGGGUUACCUGUUUGGGGACAACUGAUGCAAUAAUUCCUUCUUACAGGUAUAAGAAUAUUGCUGUAUAAGGAAUUGAAGAUAACAAGAUAAGUGGGGUUUUAAAUACAUCUGCAGUACUUGUGCUAAAUAAGGGGUUCAGUUUUCCCCAUAUCAGUGUCGAAUUUGCCAGGGUUUAAUGUUAAUGUAUGGUAUUUACCAGAAGUUUCUAUAUGGGUGUGAAUUUGUCUUAUGAACUUUGAGUAAUAAUUAAUGAAGUUUGUGUUUUAUAUUAAAUAU